GGCUGAGUCAGCGCGGGGCUGUGCCGGGAAGGGCGCGGCCGUGGCUCACCCCGCGCCCGGCUCCGGCUGCGCCACAUCGUGCUGCGGCCGCGCCGAGCGCCUCCUCGCACAGCCCAGCCAUGCCCACAGAGACCGAACGCUGCAUCGAGUCCCUGCUGGCUGUGUUCCAGCGCUACGCAGGGCGUGAAGGGGACAGCUGCACCCUCUCCAAGAGGGAGUUCGUGGCCUUCAUGAACACUGAGCUGGCUGCCUUCACCAAGAAUCAGAAGGACCCAGCUGUUGUGGACAGGAUGAUGAAGAAACUGGAUCUGAACAGUGAUGGGAAGUUGGAUUUCCAGGAGUUCCUGAACCUCAUUGGGGGCAUUGCAGUGGCCUGCUACGACACCCUGGUUGUUAGCAAACCGUCCCACUAGCCCUGGGCUGCUCUGUCUCCCCAGCCACUGUGAACAAGACCAAGGCAAAGCUGGAAGCAGUUCCUUGAAGACAGUUCCUCCCUCCCCCAUUCCUCAUUUUUAUGUAUAAAAUAAAAGGGUUUCAAUCCUA